UGUGCUACAUGCCUGUUUGACAAUUGUACAUUGAGCUAAGAUGAGAGCAUUCGUCUUUUUGUGUGUGGUGGCGGCGUCGGUUGCCAUGCCAACCAGGGAGGAUGGCGUCAUGGAGAGAUUCGUUUCCACACUCCGAGACUGUGUGGAGACAGACACCAUGCUGUGUUUGAAGGAAAAAGCGAUGAAGUUCACAGAAAACUUGGCAGUCGCAAAGGAAUUGAGUCUGGUCGAUGGCAUCAAUUUCUCCAGAACUGGGUCACCACGUUCCGCCAGGAGCUACGAGCCCUUAGCCGACGAUCCUAAAGCCAGGGAACUUCAAGUAGAAGAGAGAAUCAUGGACAAUGUAGUCGACUUCCUGGAUAACCACGUAUUGCAGCUUAGAAUGCCAAAGUCCUUCACUGAAGACAACUCUAUUGAAGAGGAAGGCCGUGGCAAGAAGAAGAAGAAGCUAAAGAAGCUCCUCCCCAUCUUAGCGCUCAUCAAACUGAAGUUGGCUGCACUCAUCCCGUUGUUCCUUGGCAUCAUUGCCUUCGCGGUAUUCAAGGCUUACCUCCUCGGAAAGGUCGCAUUUAUCGCUGCUGCUAUUGGAGCCUUGAAAAAGCUGUUAGACUCUAAAAAUAGCAAGAGCAGUGGCUGGUCUGAACCUCCCCAUGAAGAGCAUGGUUGGGAAAGCGGCGGCGGUGGUGGCUGGGGCAGAUCCCAAGACGCCCAGAACUUAGCCUACGGCGCCCAUAUUAAACAGGCGUAAUUUAUAAUACCAUAACUAAUUUAUUUGUGUGAAUCUCUAUUUAUUUCUCGACCACCGUUUGUGAGCGUGCGUGUGACAGUAUUUAUGUAUCCGAUAUUGUGCUUUAAUCUUGACUGAUUAUAUAGUCUAUGUAGGUGUAUAGUAUGUAUCGUUUUAUAUGUAUGUGAUUUUUUUUGUAUAUUAUAUUCUAUAAUAGAUAUUUUUAUAUGCUAUGUACCUUCCUUCGUAUAUUCCUUACAGUAUUUUUCGAUAGUUUUCUUUUAUAUUUUUAUCUAUUAUUUUACCAAAUAUUUUAAGUUUUUGUUCCAAAGAUAUAUGUGUAUUUUUAUAAGUAUUAUGUUUAUUUCUUAUUAAGUUGUGUGUGAUUGAGUGGAACGAGUCAUAUAAUUUAUUACCGAGUUAUCGAGAGAUUGCUUUAAGUUAUUAAAAUGACAAUUAUUUUGCGAUAUGUAUUCGUGAAAUUAAAAUGUGUCUACAAAUUAAA